GCUCUAUGUUUUUCCGAGUAAAUCCAAAGCCGUACUGCGUUCUGAUAACAUCUCCUUUUUCAGCUCACUGUGUCGGAUUUGGGGCACGAGCUGGAUUGAGAACUGGAUUUUGAUUUAGGAGCUGGGAGGAGCGGUUGCUUCCGCCGCAGAUCUUGACGGCGCGGAGCAAGUCCUUGUCAAAAUCGACUUGCUGAAGUAGUCUUCCACGAGCCAAACCGUUCUAGAAGUACUAACUGUCUGCUAAAGCAAGAAGACGAUGGUCGGAUCAAGCAUCUAUUCACCAAAGUUUAAGGGGGAGUUCGCACCGUGGAAACGUCGUAUCGAAGUAUUCUUCAAGACUGAUUUUGAAAUUCUUCUUACUAUCAAAUAUAGUUUUGUAGUGCCUAGAGAUUAACACGGAGAGGAAAAAGAACACCUCUGGAGCAAAAAGGAGCAAAAUGACUUCGUGACGAAUGACAAAGCAGAGUUCCAACAACUGGAUCAGUAGCUACGACUUGGCAAAAGAACUCUAGGAGAAGUUCCUAGAGUUGCAUGAAGGGACCUCGGAGGCCUAACUCACAAGACGGGACCAGCUUCGGAACCAACUCAGCAACCUCCGAAUGGAAAAGGAAGAAUUGGUAGCUCAUCUACACCAAAGGAUCAAAGAGUCGAUCACCGGACUCACGAAUCUCAAAGAAAUGGUAACAAAUUAGGACUUGCUAAGGUAUGUGCUUAAUGUUUUUCCGAGAACACCCGAAUGAAUGUCUAUAGUAGACUCCUACAUCUCCACGGACCUCGAGGUAAGUACUUUAAAGAAUUUAUUUUCUAGUUUCAAAUUACAUGAGUAUAGAUGUGUAGGUUUAAAAAAUAAAGAAGAAAGGUCAACUCAAAACCUGACACUCAAAGCCAAGAAGAUCGAGCCAAAGUCAGAAUCAUUGCUUGACGAAAACGAAUAAGCCUACAUGGCAAAGAAGUUUAGUAAAUUUUUAAAAACUAACAAUUUUAAUAAGAAACAGGUAACUAAGAUAAUCUGAAGCAAAGAAACGUCUGGUGCUAUAACUGCCAGGAAGAAGGGCAUAUCAAGGAUAAUUGUCUGAAGUUGAAAACAAAAAGGAGAAGGACAGAGGGGCAAGGCGGUCAAAGCACAAUAACCUAAAGGCGACGUGGGACGAAUCGUUGUUAUCCGAAUCUGAGACGGAGCAAUACCUCGGACUAGCUCUAACAAGUAGUUAUCAAGAAGACGACCAAAGCACAUUCGAGAUGAGCAUCGAGAGCAGCGAUGAAAGCUUCAAAUGAUGAGUUCGACAUGGUAAGUGAUUGUAGAUGCUAUUUUUGGUUUGACUUGAGGCUAUGGAACAUAAAAAUUUGCUUGGUCAGCCUCUUAUUCAUACGAUGAAUCAUGAGCAAAUACAGAAUCAUCCGCGCCAUGAUCCUUGCUUGACUUUGGGAUCCAGCUCUUUCAUGCAUCCUUCUGAAAACAUUACAGUUUGUGGAUUGAAUUCAGAACCAUAUAGCAAUACUUCCUCUCCAACAACUCAUCCAUUUGUGCCAACUUUCAACCUAGAAGUUCCUUGUUAUGCUGCUGCUCAUGCAGGAGUUUCUCAGCAUCCUUUUAUGCAUAGCUGGUCUUCUUGCAGCUCUUGUCAAUUCCCACCAUAUUAUAUCCACAAUGAACCUUGUCUCACUCAAUUUAAUAUUGGGGAUAUUAAUGUGGCAGCUCAUCCUCCAACAGGUUUUGACACAGUAACAUAUAAAAGGAAAAUCCCUACUAUUCACUAUUUUUCUCAGAAUGCAAGCACAAAUUCAUGCCUUAAUGCUGGAAGUUCCAACCAUGCUGUUUCAGCUGAGCUUUUAGAUCCGACACAGCCAGCAGGUCCUCAUUGUUUACCUUGGGAGCCUAUUGGCGUGAUUUCUGAUCAUAGAAGGAACAAUCCAUUUAGUUAUGUGGAAGAUCAAAGAAAUAUUAGAUGUCAUAAUGUCAAUGUGCGUCAGCCAAGAAAUAUCUCAUUGCCAAUACAUACAUCCAAUAACUUUUCAGAACAUCUUCAAUCAGUGGCACAUACUUCUGGCCUGAAUGUUCUUGCCCAAUGGAACCAUGCUCCUUUUUCUCUUGAACCCUACACAAGGCUUAUUCCUUCAGAGAUAAACCAGUUGCAUCGCCACUAUGUGAGGAAUACUACUGGGGAGAUUGAUGGAUAUAGCAACUUUUGUCUUGUUCCAAAUCAACCUACAAGGAACAUGGUAGUAAAUAGCAGAAUAAUUUAUGGUCAAGGAGUAGGUUAUCAGGAUAGUGUGAGCUAUGGAGCUGUUGGUCCUGAAGCCAAUUUGGCAGACAUGUGGCUACCAUCUGCGGAUGGUGUUGUUCCUCCAAGGUAUUCAAGACAGCUUCCAACGGUAAGUUAUGUGAAUGGGAGGACAAGGGUUCACUACACUGGAGAUGAAGACAGUGGGCAUAGAAGAUGGUUAUCUGAGACUGCAGCCAUCAGGAAUCAAUCAACCUUCACUGACCCAAGGAGUCUGUUCGAUGAGCAUCAUGACAUGAGACUAGAUAUAGAUAACAUGGACUAUGAGGAACUACUUGCUCUGGAAGAACAAAUUGGCAAUGUAAGCACGGGUUUGUCAGAAGAUGCUAUUUCCAAAUGCUUGUUGGAAACACUCUACUAUUGUGAUCAAAGAUUGGUUGAGUCCGAGGAAGGACACUGUAUCAUAUGCUUGGAACCAUACAGAAAUAGAGAUUGUCUUGGGAGAUUGAAAUGCGGGCAUGAUUUCCAUUCUUGCUGCAUCAAGCAAUGGUUGCUGAUUAAGAAUAUCUGCCCAAUAUGCAAAGCCUUGGCGCUGGAGGAUUCAUAAAUGAGACAUGAACUGGGUUUUGGUAUUUACUUUGUCGAACAGCAAUUGGUUACCCUGUUAAUUUGUAAAUAAAAAAAGUUCACUGUAGGAAACGUGUUAUAUAGAUUCAAAAGGGGACACCCCCUUUCCUCGCAACUGGAUGAGGAGUUUACUUUUAUUUGUAUCUCAUGUUUAUCACAUUCUGGGUGAAAUAUGAAUUGUCUUGGAAGUAAAGCAACCAAAA